AUGGAAACUUUGAAUCUGCAACUUGCUCUAGAAGCACCUGAGAAAGAUAAGUAUGUACCGGGAUGUUGCUCUGAUCAUUCGAUUACUUUUGGUCAGAUGAGCUACAAAGACAUUAGACUGACUGAUUUCGGUUCAUUGCACUGGAAUAUAUUUGGCCGAGCAGGUUUCGAAGAAGUCAACGCUAGUUAUGCUAUUGAUCCAAUUGUAUUCCUACCGAAACCUAUCGAGAAACCGAAAGUUACCACUGCUAAGAUUCCUGCAAAAGAAAAUCCCAAGAAAACAGUUGAUAAAGCUGAGCAGCAACAAAAAUCUGUUGAUGGAGAUAAGAAAGUGCCACUACCCCCGAAGCUACGGUAA